GGACAGGCCGAAGGAGUGGCCUCGAGACUCCAACAGAGGUUCGAAGCUACGCUCAGAGUGCCUGGAGUAUCAAGAGUUCCGCAGCUUUGGAAUCUAGGAGUCUUUAUUCCUAGACGUUCUGAAGAAACCCUGCCCAAUGGAAGAUGACCUCCAAGCGGGGGAGUGCAGCCCCCUGGAGCCUCUUAUCCUUCCUCCAGGAGUCACUCCAGAGAUAGCCGCCAGGGUAAGCCACAUGAGUUUGGAGGACCAGGGAUAAGGCAACAUUGGCAUUUGCAUCUGAGGGCUGGGUUUGGUGAGGCUUAGAUUUAUUCAGCUCACAACUGGUAUCCUGAUGAGACGAGCUUACUGCUCCACCACUCCAUGGACUCAAUGGCUCCUCCUUGCCUCUGUCAGAAUCCUGCAUGGCCAUGGAACUCCUACAUUGGAUUCUGUAAGUCUCCAUUUAUUACAAGGAUCAUUGGAUGAAAAACUGUCAAAUGGAGAUCUUUCAGUUGAUGUGGAAGAUGCUAUCCCACAUGUGGAUGCAGAAGAAAUGAAAGAAAACACAAAGAAUUUUGAAAUUGGGAAUACAGCUGAUGAUAUUGCUGUACCAUGUACUGAGGAUCAUAUAGAUGGAGAUGGGGAUUUGGUGAAUACUUUGAAUGUAGAACCAAGUCCUCCUUCUAUGAAAGGUACUGCAGCUGAAGAAGAGGUAAGUGAAAAGAUAAGCUUUAUAGAAAAAGAGAAAAUUGCUGAUAAUACUACAAUACCAUUUACUGGGGAUUGUAUAGAUGCAUAUACAGAUUUGGAAAGUACUGUUAAUGUAAAUGAAAGUAAUUUAGAACCAAGCUGUAACUCUAUGCAAAGUACAGUAACUGAAGACAAAAAUAUAUUGGAAAUAAGUUUUACCCCAUUGAAGAGAAGUACUCCAAGAACAAGCCUUGUUCCUCUUCCCCAAAAUUAUCUCUGUGAAAAUGAGAACUCAUUCGAUGUAAGUCACCAUUCUCCAAAAGACAGUAAUAUCUCUGACAUAAAGCACAAUCAACAAAGAUGUUCUGUUUCUCCAAAUAAGGAUAAAAUCUGUUUACAAGUUAACCCUUCUUUGCUAGCAGAGCAUGGUCCUGAUGUAGAGCAGAACUCCAUAGUAACAAUCCAAGAUUACCAUAAAAAGCAUGGCCUCUCUGAAGAUAAUGCCUCCACAGAGUUAAACAACACUUGCAAAAAACACCAUCUUACUAGUGAUGUAAUGUUAUCAGAAACAGACAAUGCACCAUGUAACUCUGCUUCUACAUUAAUUAAGAAAAGUGUCAGUAUCCAGGGUUCACUAAUUAAGAAAAGUGUCAGUGUCCAGGUGAACCCAAGAAAACUUGGAAUCCUCACCACCAAGUGGGUUCAGGUGAAGGGGCCUCGGCUAACAGAAGUAGGGGUACAGGCAGAUGCCUUACCAAGUUAUGAAAUAGAACGAGCUGAGAAUUUUGAUGCCCAAAUUGCUGUCAGUGGAUGUGCUGGCCCCUUCCCCAAAGUAUUUGCUGACAAGGAGGUGCAGACUAUUAUACAGAAAAAAAGAGACAAGAAUUCCCAGACUAGUGAGGUGGACUUGAAGGAAGAGAAUCAGUCAUCACAACCAUUAUGGAACAUCAUUUCACUGUCAGGUUUGCCCAAAAGAAAGAAAAAUAGUGCACCUGGAAAAAAACCCAAGAUGAAAAGUAUAGCUGUUGAUGAUAAUGAAAAGAAGAAUGCCUUAGAUAAUGGCCUUGAAGAUAGCAAUGCAGAAAAGUCUAUUACAAAAGGAAAGAGACUUUUCCAUGGUCAUCCUAUGGUGAAGGGCAAAAUGGCUAAGCCAGUUGAGAUUCCUCUUGAUGCUGUGGUAAGCUUGCAAGAUCCUGCUUUUCAGGAUCCAAGGCUAAUAUCAAAUUAAGACUUAACAAAUUGUUAUUUACAGUAUGCCUACCCCUCUUCCUGCACAAGCCAGGUGUCAUACAAGAAAGAAUUAGAACAAAAUCCUAACUUAGGUUGUUAAUCAUGAAGAUAUAAAAGAUGCUCAACCUGUCAUUUAUGAAUAUUAGAAUGUGUAUUGCUUCAGAUACGUCGUGCCAUACAGUUAUUUGAAUAAGUUUUUAUAAAUUGUAUCAUAGAAGUUUGAGAUAUUUGUGAUGAAUUUAAUAAGAUGUUGAGUGAGUCAGACAUGAUUUAAUAUAGUAUUUUGGAUGGCUCAGUGGUUGUAGCCACAAUCCCUGCCAGGAGAGUUAGACAUUUGAGCUCCAUGUGGCAGAGGAGAUGCCACCUUUCUGUAAUCCUCACAUGGGUGCAUCACUAUUACUGGCUAGCCUUUCUGGAAUUCUGAUUUUAAAUUUUUGUAAUCUGAAAAAAAAAAAAAAAUCUUAUAGCACUUAACAGCCAUUGUACAAAUAAUGUGUAAAUGCAUGAACUUGUAUUCUUGUAUUGGUUUAAUACAUUGCCACUGUAAAAAGAUGGUAGAAUCAUCACAGAGGGUAUUAGAGGAUAAGAUCAUGGAAUGUAACCUCUUGUCAUGAAUGUUAAAUUAAGUUCCACACCAGCAGUUUCUUCUGACAAAGGGUUUUGGCAAAGCAUAGAGUAAUUUGCAUACAUAACAAGACCUUGAUGUAUUAUUGCCUACCAUCACCUGUUCAUUUACCUUCUGUCUGCUCACUUAGUACUUGCUCAUUAUCAAGGGCCUGUACUCUGAAGCAUACUGUUCUCUCAUAAGAACUUUCAAAAGGACACAGAGAUGACUUUCAAGUUUGCAUGGGUGGUUUUCCCCACUGAUGAUGAAAUCCUUAUUAAAAAUUUUCCUUGAAUUAUGAAAAUGCUCUUGAAAUCAAUAAUAAAGUCCAUUCAAGCCUGUUAAGUCAGUCAAAAUAAAAUGCAUUUAAGGUUGUGGGGCAAGGUUCAUAUACAUGUACUUGAAAUUUACCAGUAUGACAUUAAUAAAGUGUCCAUUCAUA